UGAUAUUGGACACGAGUGAUGCAUUCCAGCAUGGCGGCUCGCGGGAGUUUGAUUUUUUCGUUCCUCGGCUUUGUGUUUAUGUCAUUUUUGGCUCAUGUUACGGGAGUUACGUACUCAAUCCCAUUCCAGGCAGAUUGCGUUGGAAAUCAGUAUUUUGAUUUAGCCGGUCUUCUAUGUAGAGACUGCGAUUCAGUAUCACAAGUCAAAAGUGUAGAUGGUUUAUCCUGCCAGUGUAGACCUUCCUACAAGACAACCAGGAAUUUUGGAGGUCCCUCAACCACAGUUGAGUGUGAGGCGUGUGCAGCAGGACAAGUGGGCACUGUGGACGGAUGGAACUGCAUUGACUGCGAGACUGCUGAUUGCUUAAACUGCAACGCUGGUGACAUUGGAGAGGAAUACUCAAUUGCAGGUGUUCUACAAGGAACCAAAACUUGCACAACGUGUGAUGCAGCCACCUUGCCUGACUCUGCUGGAAUUCAGUGUGAGAGAUGUCACGAGAGCUUUCUUGCAGUGAACAAUGACUGUACAUGCAACACUCCCUUGGUCGGUGGGCUGUGCUUCGGGGUAAAUGAGAUCCAGGCCCCAGCCCAAGACACCUUCCAAGUCUCCUAUGAAGCUUUAGAUGCUCCACUUUCCUCAUGGUACUAUAUGGAGUAUCUCCAAGCUGCUGAAGCUAUGUGCAGGCUGUACCAGAAUCUCACGGCCUGUCAGAUGCUGGGCAACUUGUGCGUCCUGCUGCAUUACAAUCCCAACAGCCUGAAUGAUGCCUGCGGCUAUUUUGAAGCAAUCAGGGGAGCCUCCGCCACACCUUUGAUUGGAGAUAACCCCGACUGGGUGGUUUACAUGCCAUGGCUGAAAUACGUCGCCGACCCGGCCGACGAAAUCCUGACAGAAAUCAACAUUCCUACCAAAUUUUCUGCUGAGCCCACAUCAGAGGACAGCACUUUGAAGUUGUUUGUGGCUCAGUAUAGUGCGACGGGCCAGUACCGGGGCCUAGGAUCUGUCCGUGGUGGGGUGAUACAGUUGUGUAAUGACACUGAAAAGAAAAUGAAUGCGGCUUACACCUUUGCCACUUCGUACUCCAGCAGUUGUCAGCUCAAAGCCCAGGAUCUGUGGAACAACUAUGAAACCACCUUCUUUGAUAUGUAUCUCCAGUACACAGAGGGAAGCAGCACUGUAUUGUAUGCCGUCCCUGUCUUGCUGGAUAAUUACCAGGACGAUGGAACAUUUGAAAACCGACAAGAGACAAACACUAACUGGCAGUUAACACGGCGUUUCUUUCUCGUUGACAACGUAAGCGGCAAGACGGCAUCCAACACACCGGCCACAGUCAUCCGCUAUGCCAGCAGCAUAGAGCUCUUGGUGACGUUACAGGACGAGGCGGGACAAACGAGAGAAGGUAAAAUCUAUCCACCACUCCUCAAGAUUCAGUACAGCGAGCUGGUAUAUGAGAAUGAUUAUGACAGCAACACUGAAGUAACGGUCAAUUUCCGAGUGACCUAUGAGAUGAGCCGUGACUAUGGAGAGAACGCUCUCUCCACUGCCUUGGGUAUCUUGAGUGGUGUCGGGGUGGUAUGGGCACUCGUAAGGUCCAACGCUUGGAGGCGUAGGGCGGGGCUUAUCUACAUUGAUAUCAAGACGAUGUUCAAGUUCUUUUUCUUCGGCCUCGGCAUGUUGGCAGAUGUCUUCUUCGUCUGCCUGUUUGGCACUACAUUGUAUUGGCUGUUUUUCUUCAAGCGGCAAGAUCUGGUGUACCUGGUCCUUCCUCAUAAGGCUCAGGAGGUGUCCUUCAUUUGGUAUCUGUCCUUUGCCUUCUUCUGCAAGUCCCUGGACGUCUUGCAUCUGAUUGUCUACCAAUGCCUGUCUGACGUCUUCUUGAUUGACUGGGAGAGGUCAAGGGGUCGGGUGGUUCAGUCCAGCGACCCGGGCAGCAACAAGGGUAGCGUGGCACCGGUCAGUAUCUGGAGGACAUACUUUGUGGCCAACGAGUGGAAUGAACUUCAGGAAAUGAGGCGUAGCAGUAUUUUCUUUCAAAUGUCGGCUAUGCUGUUUUUCUUAGAGGUGAUUGGUCUGAAAAAUCUGACCACAAUGGAUCCCCGCAGUGACGUAUACGUAGACCCGAGUGAUUAUACUGGUGAUCCUAGCAGGGUGCUGAGAUUCGCUGUUGCAUCAGGAAUAUACCUGCUGCUGUCACUGCUACAGUGGAUUUUCUUUGCCUUCAUCUAUGAGCGCUUCAUUGCCGACAGCAUGAGGAAUUUCGUGGACUUGUGCUCCAUGGCAAAUAUCAGUGUCUUUGUCCUGAUUGACAACACCUUUGGCUACUACAUCCACGGCCGCUCCGUCCACGGCUUUGCCGACACCGACAUGAAAGAGAUGAGAGACCAGCUCAAGAGAGAAGAGGAUAACCUGUGCGGUCAGAGGGGCCUAUUGCCUAACAGUGAACAGCAGACGUUUGAGAUCUUACUGCCUAUGAAGUUCAGGGAGCAAUACAACACCAUACUGCAGCCCCUGGAUGGUGUAGCAGCAAGAAUUGAUGGCACAAGAGGUCGGCCAGAUGCUGGUAGGAAUCAAGAAGCAGAGAAGUCCAUCCAAGCAUAUCAGACCAUGAACCGGUUCCUGGCUGCUUUCCUUGAUCAUGGCAUCCGUGACAUUGAUUACGUAGUCAAAGACAAACUUCUACUGGAACAGAUUCUGGACAUGGAAUUCUACGAUCCAGCUGACAAAGGAUUUUUCUUCAAUGAUGGUGGCCAUGCCUUUGACAAUGCCUUAUUCCACGGCAAUGAGUCCACCUUGCAGUUGUUUGAACUCCUGUUGUUCUGCAUCGUUGAUCUGAUGUUCACUAACUUUGUACUGGCGGCCAUCAUCACGUACAUCGGCAGCGCAUUCCUGCUCAAGGUUCGGGCUGCAGGGGGUCGGGCCAAUCUGGCCAAGAAAACCCUGGUGGAUGAACGAUUCCUGAUUUAAGCACAACUGUCCAGAAACGUACUUCAGAAGACCAGCCUUGCCAAAAAAAGGAGGCUGUAACUGUGCUGUCUGGCCUGGUCAGCAAUCAGAGAUAGUGGGCGCUCUCCACUGUGAGCUUGGUUUGUCAGUCCAUGGAUGGGAUAACGGACACUGGGUUUUUUUUGGGGGGGGGGAGUUCAGGAAUGCCAACAUUUGUGUGUGUGUGUGAGUAUGUAAACACCAGCAGUUGUGGACGUAGGACAAAAGAA